CAGUAGAAAAUUGAGACAACUGUCGGUCAGGAAAGAAAAUAUACUCAAAAAGGAGCAUUCCGCCCAUCCAGAUGACAAAUAUCUAGACUUUGGCAAAGAAGCACUGGGCAGGGGGUUGGACUAGAUGGUCUGUAUGGCCCCUUCCAACUCUAUGAUUCUAUGAUUCUAUAAGCAAGGAUGACAAUGGGAAUACAGGCAAUUUUGAUUGCUGCACUGAUAUGUCUCUUGAUUCUACACUUUCUAAAAUCAUUCUUGUCACUCACACCCUACCCUCCUGGACCUCUUCGGCUUCCUGUCAUUGGAAGUGUUUGGAAAUUACUGUUCCAGCAUUCUCAAGAUGUUUUUAUUAAGCUGUCAAAGCAGUAUGGAAAUAUUUAUAUUCUGUGGAUGGGUCAUAUACCUGUAGUUGCACUGUCUGGAUAUGAAGCAGUGAUGGAGGGGCUGGUAAACCAUUCAGAAGACUUUGCUGAACGGCCCAGGACCUCUUCCAUUAAAGCUUUGUCAAAAGAAAAGGGAAUUAUAUUUUCAAAUGGCUACACCUGGAAGCAGCAGAGGAAGUUUGGGCUAGUCACCAUGCGGAAACUGGGACUGGGGAACAAAGUCAUGGAACGCCAAAUACAAGAGGAGGCUGAUCAGCUUGUUGAGAAUUUUGCACAUGCAAAAGAGCAGCCAUUUGACCCUUCUUUGUACAUUAGAAAUUCAGUCUCCAACGUGGUCUGUGCUUUGGCUUUUGGACACCGGUUUUCGGUUGAAGAUAAAGAAUUCCUCAUGUUGAUUCAUGCCAUUGACUACUGUUUAAAAAUUCUAGGCUCCUUCUUUGAUGCUAUGUCUGACAUAUUCCCAAAGCUCAUGAAAUAUCUACCGGGACCUCACAAGAACAUACUUGCACAUGUAGCUUCUGUACGAUCAUUUGCAAAGAAGGAGAUAGAAAAACAUAAGGAGUAUCAGGCCAUGCACGACCCACAAGAUUUCAUUGAUUUCUAUCUGCUUCAAAUAGAGAAAAGCAAGAAUGACCCCAAAUCUACAUACAAUGAAGAGAACCUGGUUCAGUGUAUUUUGGACCUCUUCAUUGCAGGAACAGAAACUACCACCACUGCUUUGCAAUGGGCAUUGCUCCUCAUGGUAAAUCACCCAGACAUUCAAGAGAAAGUCCACAGGGAGUUGGAAGAUGUUUUGGGUUCUUCUCGAUCAUUCAGCUUUGAGGAUCAAAAGAGGUUGCCUUAUACCAAUGCUGUGAUUCAUGAAAUCCUGCGUUCCCACUACGUCUUGUUAACUGGGGUCCACAGAAAAUGUGUGAAGGAUGUGAAUAUGUUUGGUUUCAUCCUUCCCAAGGGAGCCAGUGUUAUUACUGAUCUCCGCUCUGUUCUUCUUGAUCCUAAAAAAUGGGAGAAACCUCGGGAGUUCAACCCAAGCCACUUUUUGGACAAGAAUGGACAUUUUUUGGAAAGAGAAGCAUUUCUUCCAUUUGGUGCAGGGGCUCGUGUGUGUCUGGGGAAACAGCUGGCAAAGAUCGAGCUCUUCAUCUUCUUUACCACCCUGCUGAGGAACUUCAACUUCCAGCUGCCAGAAGGAGUGAAGGAACUCAGCAAAGAGCCUGUAGUAGCGAUGUCAGUGCACCCUCAUCCUUAUAAGCUCCGUGCUGUUCUCUGCUGCAGUACCUCAUGAACUAUACAAAUCAGAUGGCAUACGAAGACAUUCUUGAUAGGAAGCCCAUUAAACAGACCUGAGAAAGAUUCUUAGAGCCAAAACACACGUUAAGAAAUACC